UUAUUGCUGUCAGAUGGCGAUACAUUUUUAUUGUCAAAGCAUAAAACUAAUGAUGAUGAAUAUUUUUUUGUGAUUUUUUUUCAUUUUAAUUUACGAAAAAUAACAAAUCAAUAAUGGAUACUAUUGCCGAAACAAUUGUUGGAUUACCAUUUCAUAUUUUAGUUAUGCCGAAUCUUAAAUUGAAAAAACCAUGGUGGCUACGAUUACCAUCAUCGAUGGUUGUUUAUAGUUUUGUUUUGGUUUCCUAUUUUCUUGUUUGUGGUGGAAUUAUAUAUGAUGUCAUUAUAGAACCCCCGGCUAUCGGAUCGAAUGUUGAUGAACAUGGACAUUCACGGCCAGUAGCAUUCAUGCCAUAUCGUGUUAAUGGACAAUAUAUAAUGGAAGGUCUAGCAUCUUCAAUGCUUUUUACAUUGGGUGCCAUUGGUUUUGUCAUUCUGGAUAAAACACAUCAACCGACCACGCGUAAAUUGAAUCGAAUAUUCUUGAUUUCAAUUGGUUUCGCACUUAUAUUGGUAUCAUUUUUUACUACAUGGAUUUUUAUGCGUAUGAAAUUACCUGGCUAUCUGCAAUAAUCCAUGGAAUCGGCCACCGAAUUCAACAAGACUGUGGCAAUUUUUGAUAUUUAAAUGGAAAAUUUGAUAUACGAAAUAUUAAAAAAUGAAUUUUAAAUUUUAAAAAAUGAAA